ACGGACUUCCCUUCCAAUCACAAGAUGGCUGCCACCGGUGCUGAUACAUCAAACCGUAAGGUUGCUCUAAUAACUGGUAUUACAGGACAGGAUGGAUCAUAUCUUGCUGAGUUCCUGUUGGCAAAGGGCUAUGAGGUCCAUGGAAUCAUACGACGGGCCAGCACUUUUAAUACCCACAGGAUCGAACAUUUGUAUGCUGAUCCGAAGACCCACCGUGAAGGAUCUAUGCAUCUCCACUAUGGAGACAUGACUGACAGCACUAACCUUGUGAAGAUUGUGAGCGAUGUGCAACCUACUGAGAUAUACAACCUUGCUGCACAGAGUCAUGUGAAGGUGUCUUUUGAACUUGGUGAAUACACAGCCAAUGUAGAUGCUGUUGGCACCCUUCGACUACUUGACGCAAUCCGUACAUGUUCUCUAAGUGACAAAGUGAAAUUUUACCAAGCUUCAACCAGUGAAUUGUAUGGAAAAGUACAAGAGAUUCCACAGAAAGAGACCACACCGUUUUACCCUCGUUCACCUUAUGGAGCUGCCAAGCUCUAUGCCUAUUGGAUUGUUGUCAACUACCGGGAAGCGUACAACAUGUUUGCAUGCAAUGGUAUAUUGUUCAACCAUGAGAGUCCCAGACGAGGUGAAACUUUUGUAACCCGCAAAAUAACUCGUGCUGUGGCUAAGAUUACCCAGGGGAACCAGGAAUUUGUUGAACUUGGUAACCUGGACUCCAAACGUGAUUGGGGCCAUGCUAAAGAUUAUGUGGAGGCCAUGUGGAUGAUGCUUCAGCAAGAGGAACCUGAAGACUUUGUCAUUGCAACAGGGGAGACGCACAGCGUACGUGAAUUCUUAGAGGAAGCAUUCCAUGUUGUUGGAACUGAAAUCCAGUGGGAAGGUAAAGGUGUUGACGAAGUGGGUAAAGAUAAGAAAACUGGCAAAGUUCGUGUUAAGAUUAAUCCUAAAUAUAACCGUCCAACUGAAGUGGAUCUACUUUUGGGAGAUUGUUCAAAAGCCAAAGAAAAGUUAAAAUGGUCCAGGAAGUAUGAUUUCAAGCUGGAAAUCUGCAGAAUCGGUAGAGGUUAUUUUAAAAUGUUGGGAGCAAUGCCUCUUCAAGGUUUUGGUGAUGUGAUUAUGUAUUUUUAG